CCCCGCGAACGAUUCGCAUCCCCGACGCCCGCCGCAAGCCUCUGAAAAGCUGCCUGUUUUCGAAAGCUCGUUUAACGCGGAGCGGUCAGUGAAGAACGGACUUUUUCGAGACGUUAUAGGAUUAUACAGUUACUCAAACUCAUAAGACGGCGCACUGGAGCAAGGACGAAGAAACGGAAACGGGAAACAGCAGGACCUGUCGUUCCUUGUGAUCCCCUUAUAGUCAAAGUGCUGCAUAUUGAUCCCGCUAUUUCCGGAGAGAAUUCGCAGUCAAGAUCUCGGCCAGGUUGACGGACCGGUUAUAGCGGGUUGUACUUACUGAUUCUUUGUACGAUACACGAUUGCCGCAUCGUCUGAGACAUUGGACCGAUACUGAAAGGGUAUCUUGUCGUCACAGAAUUCAGACAGUAGAGGAGUCACCCCAAGUGCAAUCUGCUAAGGUAAAUGGAGUAAUCUACGAGAGAGGUUACAUCUGAGCACAGAAAGGACAAAACUCGGAGGAAUACUGUUCCGAGGAAGCAGCAGAUUGCUCGAGUGCUAUUAGCGACGCAGUAGCUGUGAAUUUACGUAGGAGGUUCACUGAAAAAACAUCACCGAGUGGUAGAUAAUCGAAUUUAAAUCACACUUAGGGGCUGGAAAUUCAUUAGUAAAAGAUGAAAAACACGUGAGGCACAAGAUGAAGGAAAGCUGAGAGUAACUAGCUGCUGUAGGUCGGAAAAGAUUCCUUUUCAUAUUUAAAGAGGGUGAAGAAUAACGGAACUGAAAAAGACAUGGUAUAUUAAAGUGCACAAUCUGACAAGGAUGAAAAGCAAAUUGAAAAUUGCAUAAAAUAUCGUCUACGGUUUACAUUGUCCAGGAUAAGUAGAAAACAGGAAAUGAGAGUGUAAUAUUUAUAGCAGAGCAAAGGAUGCCACCGGUAAUCAAUUUUUCUUCCGAAAGAUAGUGGAAUAUCUUUGAAAUUCUUCAUUUCAACAUUUCUCCGAUUUCCAUAUGUAUUAUACUACGAAAAUGGGUUAUAAACGAUUCAAUUCCGUUAUCGGAUUUCGAUUAUCGUGCAUAUUUCAUCUAUAUCUACGUAUGCCGAAAGCCUACCUCUGAUUAAAGGAAAUGUAGUUACGAAAAAGCUUCAUAAUGACGGACAACGAAGACCUGAAAAUGACAAAAUCUAAAAUCCCGCCUCCUCUCAACCUGUCGGAAGCGUUGGAAGACGAGGUGCUGAAUCAAAAGACUGCUAGAAUACUUAAGAACGACCUGCUUCUACACGAAGCUGUGAUAAAGAACGAAACCGACAGCGUUCGAAAGGUGCUCAAAGAAACUGUUGACGUAGAUUCGAGAAACAACUAUGGACGGGCACCAAUUCACUGGGCUGCGUCGAAAGGGAACACAGAGAUCAUUGAGAUGCUGAUACAGGCGAAAUGCGACAUCGAAGCGAGAGACAAGUUUGGUAUGCGGCCAUUGCACAUGGCGGCUUGGCACGGCCACCAGGAAGCAGUAAAAAUGUUAAUCAAUGCCGGCGCGAAUGUAACAGCAGUUAACAAGAAACACUACACCCUGCUGAUGUGCGGCGCACGAGGCAACAGCGUGGGUGUCGUCGAGUACCUCGCCGAGGCUGUCGAAUCGCUGAACGGAGAAGCAACCGACUGCACAGGAGCCACAGCCCUUCAUCAUGCGGCCCUCGCUGGAAAUCCAGCAGUCAUCACAGCCCUGGCCAAUGUUCCGGGUGUCAAGUUGUCCGCGACAGACAAGAAAGGUCAGACGGCGAUGCACUGCGCUUGUGCGGAGGGUCACCUCGAGGCGGUCGAGGUUUUUAUCGGCCUCGGGGCAAACCUGGACGCAAAGGACAACGAGGGCAAUACCCCUCUGCACGUAGCGACCCUUACCAGGCACACGAGUAUCGCCCAACUACUUCUGCGUAUGGGCGCAAGUACGGAGCUUCGGGACGAGUCAGGAAUGACCGCCCUGCACGUCGCGGCGAGUCAGGGAUGCAAGGGAAUUCUCGAGGCCAUUGUUCAGCAGGGUGUUGCGCUUGACAAGCAGUGCAAGAACGGAAAUACUCCCCUGCACAUGGCUUGUGAGAACAACGAAGUUGACACGGUCGAAAUACUAAUCAACAAAGGAGCAGACUUGAACUGCCUCAACUCUAGACUGCAGUCGCCGAUUCACAUUGCCGCGGAAAUGGGACACACCGAUAUCUGCAAACUGUUAUUAGCAGCUGGAGCUAAUAUCGAACAACGCGAACAGGGAGGUAAAACGCCCCUAUACAUCGCGGCACGAGGCAGUUUUACAGCGAUCGUGGACAUGAUAAUUAGAACUGCUAGAUUAGAUUAUCCGACCCCGGAGGAUUCCAAUUCCGACAAGGAAGUUCGCGAGUUAACCCCGGCGAGAAGACGCUGGCGAGAAGAAUCCCGAGGCGGAAGUGUAUCAAGUGCGAGCGCCAAUCUCCCUGAAAGACUCAGGUCCAUUCUGUGGCGAUUAGCGUACAAACAACUCGCGCCGCCUGAUUGGAAGAAGCUCGCGUUGCACUGGGCUUUCACUCACGAACAAAUCAGAGCCAUCGAACAUCAGUACACAGAAUCGAUCGCAGGUCCGUCGAGCUUCAAGGAACACGGCUUUCGGAUGUUGUUGAUAUGGGCGUCAGGUUUGCAUCCUGAAGUAAACCUCGUCAAGGAAUUAUACGAAGCUUUAUCAGCCAUCGAUAAAAAAUCUAUCGCCGAUGCGAUGCGUAAGAGACUGGAUAAGGAAAGCGAGAGCAAGUCUAAAUCGAACAAACGUCGCUGUCACAAGUGUACAAUAACAUGAGCUCGCCUACUUCGGAACAUCGAGGGGUUAAAAUAUUGCCAUUGCGUAGUUACAUCAAGCGUGAUUUUCUGAAAAGAUAAUCGUUGUCAACGAUAAAGCCCCGCUUGAUAAAUUAAUGAAAUGAAAUCAGAUUGAGAGGGAUUAACCCGCUUUCGGCUGUUUUAAAAAUUAUACAUCGCAGCUGGUACUCAGCAUUGAAUGAGGAAAACACGAAGCGAGCUUUGGUCAAAUUUCGUUAUUCGUGCUUUCUCGUUGUGCUCACAAUCGGUAGAAUAAAGUUGGAAGAUAUCGUGUGGCUUCCAAUCCGUGAGACCUCUUCUAAUACAACAUACAGCUGUGUGCAGGUAACCGUGUACUCGUGAGAAAAAUUCAUCUUUCACACAUCAUCUGCUUUAGCGUGUCGAAGACGUCUUUGCCAUUUAGGUCAAGCAAGACAAAUCUUAAUGCAUAGCACUGAUAAAUGAAAUAUUGACGAAACGUUAAAAGAGAGAUAGAUUUUCUGCUCCAAUAAUUAAGUUGCUGAUCCUAAAGAUGCGUGAUUUACAUUUGAUUAUUCAAACCCAUAGAUAGUAAUUAGGAUUUAGGAUAGUAACCAUUAAUCAGAUACCAAAUAGGUGGACAAAGCCAAGCCGUACAAGAUGAACCCAAGACAAUCUCCCUAAAUCAAAGAGUUACCGGACGAAUUGAUAUAAUAUACAUACAUACAUCUAUAUAUAUCUAUAAGCUGUAGUGCAAUGUCUAUAUGUAUAGAAAUAUAUGAGGCUCGUUUGCAACGAGUGCCUUUCCAUUAAUUUUUUGCAUAAGCUUUUGUAACGUCCAAAUCAGUCUGUGUACCUUCCUUCGUCAAGCACACCGUAUCCGGCCAUCUCUAUAAUCAUCAAUAUUAUACAUUAUAUACAUAUAUGUAUAUGUCAAGUGCAUAGAUAAGCCAAUGAUUAAUAUAAUAUAAAUUCUAAUGAACUUCGCGAGUAAUCUGAAGUAUAGAAAUCUAUCCAAGUCUACCGUACAAAAUAUACAUUAUACAAUGACAAUGAAUUUAUACAUAUUAUAUAUGAUAUACUAUACUUUCGCGAUCACUCUAUAUAAUAGCUCAGUAAACUAUAUCGAUUUAUAAAUGUACAUAUCUUUUAUUGAUGUAAAAAUAAAUUCUCAUCAUUUUAUCG